CCUUCACCCUCGCUCCGCUUUGAGGAGGCAGGUCGUGGCCGAAUCGCUGGUGGGGCCAGAGGAGUAUGAUGGCAAACCACUUUGUAAAACCCGACUCUAGAAACUGCAAGAGGUUAAGAGAUACGGAGCCUCAGGUGUCUGAUAGUCCACAGGUACCAUCUCUUGGAAAAUCAGAUUCAUCUUUCUCUGAAAUUUCUGGACUCUUUUAUAACGAGGAAGCCCUGGAGAAGGAUCUGAGCGAUAUGAGCAAGGAAAUUAAUCUGAUGUUGUCUACAUAUGCAAAGAUUUUAAGUGAGAGAGCAGCAGUAGAUGCAUCUUACAUCGAUGAGCUAGAAGGACUCUUCAAAGAAGCCAAUAUUAUUGAAAACUUCCUAGUACAAAAAAGGGAGUUCCUGAAGCAGAGGUUUACAGUGAUUACCAACACUCUGCACAAGGAAAGUGCUUAUACCAGCUGA